CUAUACUAAUUAGGUAGGUGCCUCGACUACAUUUACCUAACAGGCUUCAGUAAUUAAUUACAGAUGCCUGUGGUUAUGCAUUAAACGUACGACUUACGAGUAAUAAUUCUGUAAAUUACCUACAAAAAUAAUGGCAUGUGGCACCAUGACAAAGCUAUUUCACUUUAGCUAAGAGUUUAAAUGCAAGUGUUAGAAAUUGACACCAAUAUCUGUGAAAUUUCGAAAUUCACCGAUGACAUUGCUACAAUUUAUGAAAAUUCUAACCUCAGUACCGCCUCAAUGCUGCGCGCGAUCAUCUCGCCAGGCCGCCUGCGCACCGCCAAUCGGUAUGUUUGUCAAUAGGCUGGAGGCGUGGCUUUCAACCGACCUGCGUCAACGCACGUUUAAAACCGAUAAUGAACACUUCACUUCAGUGAAUAAAGUUGAUAUUUGUUUGCGCAACCUGUAGUGGUCAUUACAUGUAGACGAAGGAUACGAGGUUUUAAGGUUAUAGUCAUAUGAGUGGUUUUCGUAUGACUUGUUGUAAAGGUAGUGGGUAUGUUAUUUUGUAUAUACGCUAAUGACGCCAGUGCGCCCGAGUUCGCGGUAGUUGGUCAUGCUGCUGGCACGCUGCCGCCGAUCAUGAUUUGUGACAGAAUAUACGUUCAGUUGUUACGUCAUUAAUUAUAAAAAAAAACACAAACUUUAAUUUUUUUUUUGUGAAUUAUGGUAAAAGAAAUUCGAGAAGUGUAAAAAGUGUUCGGUGAAAAAUAUUUAAAACAAACCUAAUUAUUUGUUAGGACAUUUUAUGUGCUUUUUAAGUGGACGGGAUUGAGAAUUUAACGGGCGAAAGCAGCAAUAUGGCUGCAUCCCACAUCUUAAGCGCCGUGGAGCCGACAGUCGGCGGCGGCGGCGCGCGCGGCGGCCGCGAGCGCGAGGUUUCCGUCGCUUUGGACGACCGCGAGCUAUGGGUGCGCUUUCAGACGCUCACCAACGAGAUGAUCGUCACAAAGAAUGGGCGCCGAAUGUUCCCCGUGGUCAAAGUGAGCGCGAGCGGCUUGGACCCGACGGCAAUGUACACGGUGCUGUUGGAGUUCGUGCAAGUCGAUUCACACCGCUGGAAAUACGUCAACGGGGAGUGGGUUCCAGGAGGCAAAGCAGAGGUUCCUCCGUCUAAUGCCAUCUACAUCCACCCGGAGAGUCCCAACUUCGGUGCACACUGGAUGAAGGAGCCCAUCUCUUUCGCCAAAGUCAAGCUCACCAACAAAACUAAUGGCAAUGGACAGAUCAUGCUGAACUCUCUUCACAAAUACGAACCAAGAGUCCAUCUCGUGAAAGUGGGCACGGACCUCCGCCGCAUCAUGACCUACCCCUUCCCCGAGACCCAGUUCAUCGCGGUGACCGCGUACCAGAACGAGGAAGUGACGUCACUCAAGAUCAAGUACAACCCAUUUGCCAAAGCGUUCCUGGACGCGAAAGAGAGGCCCGAAGGGUAUUAUCAAAGGGAUUUUGUGGGAACGCACUAUCCGCAACAAAGUUCGUCGCCACAUCAGUAUCCACAAUUUAGCGGAUGGUUUGUGACUUCGCAGUCCUUGUAUGGCGGUAGUAACGCCGCUUCCCGAAGGCCUGCGCCAUAUCCGCCCCGGCCACCCUCCCGGCCUCGGACGCUAUCACCGCCUUCAACCUACAGCAGCUCAGAGCGCACUCCUUCAGCGAACACCGCCAGCUACACCUGGUCUGGCAGCGGCUACUGGCCGGCGCAGGGCUCUCCCCCUCCGCCCCCUUCAUCACCGUACCGCACGCCACCAUACCCUGCGCCGCUGGAGUACCAGCCUCCUGCCACACAACCACAGCCGUUAUAUCCACUUCAAUACGAGACGCCAGCGCAGCACUCGCCCUAUUAUCAGCAUGCGUAUGCACCUUACGCACACCACCCCAUUGAAGAUAUUUCCUAUUGGCCUAACAGCUUAAACAGCUACGGCUACCAGCCAUCUGAAUACGUCGGUACUGGUGACGUAGCAUAUAACUCCGAAAACAUGCCCUUUGGUCCCACGGGGCCUCCUCUAGAUGCGACCCCGGUCACAGAGGGCCGUGGGACGCCUCCGGGCCCUGAACAUGGAGACAGGGAAUAUAAGUAUAACACAGAAGAACGCCACUCACCGUGCGAGGAACCAACGUGUUCGCCACGUCCUCCUACUCAGUGAUCUAGUGUUUUUGGGACGAUUUAAGGUGUUAUCAUUGGACGCUUUUAUAAUAAAUUGUCGACUAUAGUAUAAAAAACUACUCUAUACAAUCUUAUACAUUUUGAACCCCAGCAGCCCUGUUACGUCGUGACGAUAAAUCAUGAUAUCGUGAAUUAUAAAUAAUAGAAUAGAAAUAAUUUAUUCGUCAGCACAAACACAAAAUAGAAAAUUAUACAAGACAGAGAGACAUAGAACGGAUAAAGUGCCACGAAAUGGUCUCAUCUCAGCAUUUAUUACUGGCGACUUCCAGCGCUGAUCUUACGAUGAGACUAUCUGGUGACACAAAUCGGCAGGUAACAAAAAUAAUCAACAAAAUUAAUAUAAAACAUACAAAAGACAAAGAUAGUAAUAAAUUAAAAAUACAUUACAAUAACUAUAAUUAUGGUUAGUUAUAUUGUUAUAUCGGGCCAAACUAAUCUUGGCCGUACAUUACGCCUCAGAUA